AUACUGCUCUUAAAUAUGUAUUUCACGCUUGCGUUUGUAUUCUCACCUGCCUAUGUAUGUGUUUGCAAGAGUGUGAGAAAGUAUAACGGCGCAUGGUUGACUUUAGCAUUGACUAAGCAACAAAUGUACCGCACAAAUUCAGUCAAAAUUCAGCAUUUAUAACGAACACACGUGAAAUACUUUGAGAAAAACGGUCGCGUAUAAGACGCACGCUGCUCUGUCGUGACCCCGAACCACAUCUUAGACAGCUAAUCAGUGUUAUUAAUUGAAUUGGAAUAAAUAAGAAAAAAAUUCGUCUCGAAAUUGUUAUUGUUGUUUUUUUUUCUACUAUACAACUGAGUCUUACGAUUGCUUUGCGUCUGUCACUAAGCACCUACAACAAUAACAAUAUGUUACUGAAACUUUUGAAAUUGACGAGUUAUUAGACGCCGCUGACUAUAUAUUCGUGCCAUCUGUCUAAAAGCUGCAAUCAAAAGUGAAAAUUCAAAGUGCAAAGUGAUUAAUUGUACCUACACACAUAGAUACAUACUUGUACAUAUAUACAUAUAGCAGCUGCUUUAUAGCGGCGCGCGUUUAAGUGUGUGACUUUAUUAUUUUAAUUGAAUAGUUUCAAAUAAUUUGCUUGGGAAAUUUUAUAAAUAUUUAUGCGCGUGCACGUACAUAAGUUUGUAUUUAUUGUUGCUUUUCGUAAGAAAUUAAAUCACAAAUUAAAAAAAGUACUAGUGACUUAAUAACUAUAAGUUUCGGAAAUCCCAUAUUGUUUGCGUUGCAGCCGCUCGUUGCGAAAAAGUACCAAAUGCAAAAUUUUAUCGAACGCAAUUGAAACGAAUACGAAAUUUAUUUUUGAAGUGUUGACAAAAUAUACAUAUACAAACCUACAUGUAUACUGAAGUUUACAGGCAAAAAAAAAAGUGUAAUAGUUUAUCUAUACACUAAAAAAAAACAAAAAAAAAGUAUAUAUUAAAAGCAGUGUUUACAAAUAAGUACAACGACAAAAAAAACUGUAAUUUUUAACACUAUUUGCUAGCGCCACUGCUAGUAUUAAAGCAAAAAAUGUGCGUGUUUACGGCAAAUGAUGGCCAAAAAUGGCGGCUAAACCACCGAAGCCGCCAGCUACUUUUCUGAAGCAAAGUAGUCACAACAACAACGACGCCGACAACGAUAAUAACGGCAAUAGCAACAACUGUAAUCCUAGUACCUCGGCUGCCACUGCAGCACCAACACCCACCACGCCUACCUCCACCGCGACGCACUCGGCCAACGCUGAGGCAUACAGCAAGCUUGGUAUAAAACGUUACAAUAGUCGCGAAAAUCUACUAAACAACAUCACUAACGAUUACAACUACAACGAAAACGAUACUGCAACGACCGGCAAUAGUUUGGAAGGAGCAGUUGCCGCCGCCGCACGUCCCGCUUGUAGUUGCACGAACAUAAGUAUUAUGCAUCUUUUUCAUGAGAUGAAGCAAGAGUUUCCGACCAUACCCGAUCCGAUUGUAGCACAGUGUGUCAACGAUAAUUGUCACCAACGUGAGAAUUGCAUACAGAUUUUGAGAAAUGAGUUGGCGCUAAACCCGAUACCAGUACAAACGUACCCAGCGAAGGUAUUGCAACAACACCACAUCAACAAUCAGCAACACAGCAAUCUGCAGCAGCAAAAGCAGUUGCAACAACGUCAAAAGAGUCCACAACAGCCAGCGCUGACACUGCAGACACCGCCACAACCGCCGCAACGCCUUAAAAACGCGUCGCCGCAAAAACCCGUGACGCCGUUACGUCCCAUACGCGCCGCGCCUACACAGCCGCCCUCUGUGGCGACGCUGCAACGCGUACGUGCUGAAGUCAAAAAUAGUGCCGUUACACCUCAAACCAAUUGUGAUAGUGUUGAGUUAGUGCAAAAUAGCAGCAAUUUAGCAAAAGAUGUUAAUAGUGUUCAAUUACCGUGCAAUAAUCAGUGUAAUAAUAACAACAACAAUAGUGGUAUCAGUGAUUCGCCCAAACAAGCGUGUGAUAUGCCCGUGACCGCGAACGCGUCUGUCGACUGCGCGCGCUCCGCCGAUUUCAUAACGGCGCUCAAUAGAAUUGCUGCCAAUCAUCAGCACUCACCGGCGCAAUUGCCAGCGAUAGGUGCGCGCGCCCGCCCCAAUACGCUCAACUUGCAAACAUCUCAGCAGCAACUGCAGCGCCAGCAGUUAAACAAACAACUGCAACAGCAUUUGCAGCAGCGUAGCCAAUUAAAACAGCAACAACAACAGCAGCCAGCGAGUGGCGUAGCCGCAGAUCCGCCGCUACAGAAGCCGAUACGCAAAGCACCGUUGCCGCCGAUCGCGCCAAAGCCAGUAUUUCACAAUAAUAGCAGCUACAAUAGCAGCAACAACAACAGCAACAGCUGUGGAAAUUCUCCACAAUCGCAGAGCGUCGGUAGUUGCUCGACCGAAUCGGCUUUGACGAGUCCGUUAAGCUCGUGCGGCGAAAGCGAAGUAUCUGCCAGUGUGGGAUGUUCGCCAUCGCCAGCUUUUGCGCUCACCCAUAUCAAUAACAACAGGCAAAAUAGUAAUAAUAGCAAUAACAAUAACAACGUUGUUAGUCCCACUUAUCAACCACAGCCAACAUCACCUCUGCGUUCGCCUAUACGCCAUCGCUCAGUUAUCACCGUACAGCCAGAGCCGCCAUACGCGCGCGAUUUUCUGCCGUCCGCAAAAAUUAGCACCGUCUCAAAUCCCGCCACCGUUGGUAGUGGUGGCAGUACGCCAACAAGUCAGAAAAGUUUCACCUCAGUCAAUUUGACAUUGCGUCAACCCACCAACGCUGUACCACAAUCGACCAUAGACAUCUCUGCCGGCCCAGUGUUGAGCGGCAAUGGUAGUGGUCUGACCUAUUCCAGUACAUCGUAUAAUGCACGUCACGGUUUUCAACAAAAUUUCCAUAUAACAGUCACCGAGGAAGGUGGUGUAUUUAAUGCGAGUCGCAUACGACCACGUAAUAGUGGUUACUACGCUGGUAUUGAGGGUGCGAAUACGCCAGAUGGACCUGCUGGCGGUACGGCGCAAACAACGACUACAUCACAACAACCGCCUACCACAAUACUGAGAUCGCCAACAACACAAGCGGCACAGCAUAUUGCGCCGCAAGCGCAACUAACCACGGCACACAGUGAGGAGAUGUGUCUGCCAUUGGAGAAUAGUGCUUUCAUCGAGACCAUAAAGCGUCAGAAAGCGCGGCGUGACAAAUUGGCCUCGGCACUACGUGAGAACAAAAAUAAACUUGGCAAUGUCGAGGAAGAGGUCAAAAUGCUAACCGAACCCUUGAAUCCCGGCGAAUCUGAGAGACUGGAUUAUGAAAUAGAAAGAUUACGCACUGACUGUCAACAAACAUUGAACGAAAUCGAAAAUAUCAGACGUUACGGUCAGCUAAGCGAAGCCGAGCGACUGAAACAACAACAACAGCAGCAGCAGCAGCAACAACAAGCAUUCCCACGGCAACGGCCACCACGACCGCCACCACCACAACAACCGCCAAGUCCCUACCAACAAUACCAGCCGAAUGAAGUAGAUUUCCUGCAACAACAACAACACAACACACCUGGCAGUGUCGUUAGUAGCGCUGGCAUUGUUGGUGUUGUCGGUAGCGGAUAUAAUAGCGCUGCAGGCACACCCAACUCACCACGCUUGCAGCGAACGCCAGCGCAACGCGCAGACUAUGUCGGCCAACUGCCACCAUAUCAAUUGCCAUCAACCGACGAGUCGGACUACUCCGAUUCGAAUACCGAUGGCGGUGACGACUAUGAGCCGCUCGAACGUUGGCCCUGCUCCAUGUGUACAUUCCUCAAUCAUCCACAGCUGAACAUAUGCGAGGCGUGCGAAUGUGUGCGCAUCAUACCCGGUACGAUACGCAUUGUGCCCACAGCUGGUGGCAGCGGCAGCGCCAGCACAGCAGCAGUAGCUGCAGCCAUGCCACAGCUGCCUGCCCCAACGGCAGCCGGUAGCGUUUCUGCGACUGCAGCUGCUGCUGCGGCGGCCUUGACCGCGGCGACUCCAACAGCAAUAGCGCAUGGCGCGAGCACGGCAUCAGCGGGCAAUUCGCCAACUUCUGCUGUACGCACCGUUGCUGCGGAAUAACACUGAAUGGCUUGCAUGGUGUUUUUAUUAUUAUUAUUUAAUGUUUUUUUUUACUUUAUGUUACGUGUUACGUACUUUUUAUUGACACAAUGCUAAAUUAUUACUUAGCCGCUAAGUUUGUAUUUACAUAUUUUUUUUUAUGCUAAUCUAAACCAAAUGCAUUAGUUACUUGUAUACUUGUUUAUAAGGCCGUUACAGUUAAGCACAGUUUUAUGCGUUUAAAUAUUGGUUUUUCUAUGUUGUUGCUUUGCAUGCAGUUAAAAUGCCUCAAUACACGCUUACACUACUUUUACAAUAAGUAAAAAACUUGUCAAAAUUGUAUAUUAUUAUUUUGUUUUCAAUGCGCUGCAUAAAUAUUUUAAAAUAGUAAAUGUGUAUGUAUACUUACAUAUGUAUAUAAUCCUUUCGCAAUGAAUCACUACCAGGGUUGCAAUUCAAGCGUUAAAAAGACAAUGGUAUUAAUUAAAAUUAUAUUUUUUUCAUUUUGUAAUCUCGAAAAUCUUAAUUAAAAAUCAUAUUGAAAUUCUUAAUCCCAAAUUUUAUAUUUCAAAAUAUUUUUAUUUACAUAUUUUUUUUUAAUUAACACAAAUAAAUUUUUUUUAAUUAAAUUUAAAAUUUUUAAUACCUAAUACCGGAAUUAAAAUUAUUUUUUAAUCCUUAAAAUCGGUUUACAAAUAAAAAAAUUUGAAUUUAGGUUUUAAUAAAAAAAAAAAUUAAUCCUAAAUAACGGAUUGAAAAAAAAUGGAAUGCCAAGUGGUAAGUUGUAAUUAAUAAUUUAAAAAAUUGUGUUUUUUAAGUUAAAAUAGUUUCGCGCUUGCGUACUUCGUGUUCUAUUAUUUUGAUUUAUAUUUUGAAAAGGAAAGCUUAUUUUUAAUAAAACAUCAACAUAUGUAUAAUAGUUUAGCAAUUUUUUUCUUAUUAACAUUUAAUUGUUCUUAAUUAUAAUUUUUAAAUUAGAUAAAUGUAAAUCUUGGUUUUUAUUUAAUAUCCCGUUUCAUUCUAGCGUUUGAUAUUGAAAAUAAUGUUUUUAUUUGUUACACCAAAUUUAGAAUUAAAACUUUUUUUUAUCAAUUUUAAAUUCUAAUUUUGUGUUUGAACAUUAAUUUCCAAUUUUUAAUUCUAAUUUUUGGAUUAAAAUCAAAGUUAAAUUAUUAAUUAUAUCAACGCAUUUUAACUGCAUGUGACUCUGCACAUACAUACAUAUAUACUUAUAUACAUACGUAAAAAAUUUUAAACAAUAAAAAAUAGUAACUAGAAGCUGUGAUAAUUAAAUAAAGCAAGUAUAAAAAGUGUUUGCGUAAAUAAAAAUAGUAAAAUAUGUUCAAAAAAUCUGUAUGCAGUAUAUUAUUUGUUAGUUUACAAUAUUUUGAAUACUUAAAUGGCGUGCUAUACGUAGUUAAUUUACACAUUAUCAAAGAAAACAGUGAAUCUAGUUAACUCUAUAAAACUAGCUUCACAUUCUCGUGCAUUAAUUGAUAGAAAGAAAAAUAAAUUAAAAAGAAAUCAAAGUCCAAUGCUUAUAUACACAUACUUUACAUGUAUAUAUGUAUAAAUAUUUAUAGAAAUUAUAGUCAUUAAAAAUAAUGUGAAAUAAGCUUAACGUUUAGCUGUACUCGUAAUUUAAUUCAACUGUUAAUUUUUUUUAAAUACAUUUAAUUUAAAUAAUAUUUUAUUAUGUAUGAGUGUUUAAAAUAUUUUAUUUUAUUGUUUUUUUUUAUUCAAUACAAAUUAAUCAAGCAAACGAACGAACAAGUCAAACUAUUUGCUGCGUCAGGCAAUACUAAAACUUUAACGAAACUUUUCAGUAAAAAAUACUAUUUAAGGUAUGAAAUCACUUGAUACUGGCCCUUUUUUUAACCUUUUCCCGUUAUAAUAAAACUUUUGAAACAAAAAAAGAUUACAACUGAAAUCACUUGAUACUGACGUUUUUCUUAUAUUUUUCCGAUAUAAUAAAUUAAAAAAAUAAAAAUAUUGUAAAAUUAAAUCACUCGAUUUUGUCUGAAUUUUAAUAUAUUUAUUCCACGUAGUAACAAAAAAGUGAAAUUUUGAAUAAAAUCUAAUUUAAAAUCCAAAUUAAGAAAUUUCUGCAAUUAUUUUAAAGACGUGAUUAUGCUUGUUUGGCUUUUUAUUAAAAUCUGCUUAAAUAAAAAAAUAAAAUCACACAAUCCCAAUUAAUUUUGGCACAUUUUUUGUGAAAUUUGUGGAAUUUUUGUGCUGCAAAUCGCUCAAUGCUAAAUAUAUUAUUUGCUGCUAGCAUAAAUCUUACAACUUUGAAAAAAAAAUUAUUUAAACUAAAAUGCCUCCAUUGCUGCGCCGAAAAUAAAGAAAACAAAGAAGCUUUUGUGACAAGUAAAAUCACUAAUUUUCUACUUAUUUCAUAUAUAUAUCAAUAAAUCGUUCCAAAUAUCUUAAAUUAUGUCAAAAUAAUACUUCAGAAAGUAAAAUUUCUCAAACCCGUCUCGUUUUGAUUUCAGUUUAAAUUUUCCGUCUGAAAAAAAUGCGUAGCGAAAAAUCUUUCACCAAAAAGUAUGACGUCAACAGAUCGAAUAUUAAAAAUUGUAAAAGAAGAAAAACGUUAACAAAUUAAUAUUUUUAGUAUUGUCUUUUAAAGUUAUUAAAACUAUAAACUAUAAAUUAUAAUCUAAAAAAUCUUCAAAAUAAAACAACUUGCAGCAGCAGUUUCAUACAUACACACAGACUCAACAAGUAACCAUACUAAAAUGUGCAAAAAUAACAAAAUCCAGCAGUCCAGUUUGAGCAUUCAAUUUGGUUUUAUAAACAUUUAUUUUUUUCAACAGAAUACGCUUGGAAUAUACGUUUUUGUUUUAGCAUUUCUCAAAAUUAUUUCGUUACUUUAAUGUUUUUGUUUUUACAAUUAGUUAUUUAAAACAAAUUGAAACAUAUAACCUUUACUAUCAAUAUUAAUACUAAUAUUAUGUAUGUAAGUGUAAAAACAAAUACAACAAUAAACUGAAAAUGAAACUUUAAACUUA